AACGUCGCAAGCAGUGGCCGACCGAGCGAGCCAUGCCGAUGGAAUGGAUCGACAUCGUCAAGGACCUGUGCGCGGGCACGGUCGGUGGCGUCGCGGGUAUUGUCGCUGGCCACCCGCUCGACACGAUCAAGGUCCGGCUGCAGACGCAGGCGCAGCGUGGCAGCGUCGUCGCCGCGUUCCGCUCGAUUGCAGCGAAGGAAGGUUUCCGCGGCUUCUACAAGGGCAUGGUGUCGCCAAUCGUGUCGAACGCGCCGAUCAAUGCGGUGGUGUUUGCGAUCUACGGCCAAGCUUCGCGGGCGCUGGCGGGUGACGCGCCGCUAUCGCCGGGGCAGCAGUACCUCGCCGGCGCACUGGCUGGGUUGGCCCAAGUGACCUUUUCGGCGCCGGCCGAGCUCGUCAAGAUUCAAAUGCAAGUCGACACGCGCACGUCUGCCUCGAGCUCGUUUGCAUGCGCGCGCCAGAUCGUACGGCAGCACGGCGUGUCCCGCGGCCUCUACCACGGGUGGCAGCUCACGAUCCUUCGGGACGUGCCCGCGUUUGGCUCGUACUUUUUCACGUACGAAGUCGCAAAGGAAAUGCUGAGCGACGGAAAGGACGCGUCGACGAUGACGCUGCUGCUCGCAGGCGGCAUCGCAGGCUCCAUGUCGUGGAUCCUCACGCAACCCGUCGACGUGCUCAAGACGCUCGUGCAAAGCCAGCGCCUCGAUGCCAUGACAUCGAUACAGAGUGUGUUUCAAGACAACCUCCAGCGCGACGGUCCUCGAUUCUUGACCAAAGGGUUCACAGCCACGGUCCUCCGCGCGUUCCCUGUGAGCGCCGUGACCUUCCUCGUCUACGAGCGCACGAUGGAGAUGAUGCACAUUCCGGACGCGGAGAACGCGCUCCACCUCUUGUAAGAUGCCAGCAACGCAUGUGCUGCGUUAAUACGAUUACAAGUAGAUAGACGCCCGCAUGUGGCAUAAGAAUAAAUAAGAAAUAUC